GUGGCACCUUGGAAACAACCUCGUAUCUGGUUCCGACUGGUUACCUAGAUACUCCUAUCUAGAUCUGAUCCUAGACUAGAACUAGUUCUAGAUUGAAUACUUGACAAGAUCUCUUCAGACUGAUUGCUCUAUAUUAUUUUGAUUCUCACCCAGACUGCUUAUUUGGCCACGAAGGACUGACUAACUGGUGCCUCAGAAUCCUGACAGCUGAGCUGAGAGUGACCACUGUACCAAACUUGGACAGCACAAGCGUUCAACGAUCAAUGGACAAAGUCACUCGACAGGCCUCAGGACAGUUGGAGAUUUAAUGUCAACUUUACUGAAUUGGGACCUCCUGUUUCCAUCUGCAGUUUCUUCGGAAGUCCGGACAAGACAGACAGCCAUAUAACCAGAUACAGAAACAAAAGCCCAAAAUCCUAAAUCGCAUCGUCAGCUCAUAAACGAGGCCGUCAUCGAUUCUGCGCGCCUGCGCGCGGGCAACAGGCAUCGCAGACUUGAUUUCUUCUCACUGAUCGACUGCCAACGGCCAAGCAUCAAAGGAGAAAACAAAAAGAAAAGGAAACAACAAAAAUUCGAUUAAAAAUGGACGAUGAAAAUCGUAAGAAGCACGGCAAUGUCGUCGCAACGGCGCCAUUCGAGAGAGGCCCACCCGAGCCUCCUUAUAUCAUGAUACCAGCACUUCCCCUUCCAACCCUCAGCAUACUCCCAUCUUUUGAAGCGAUGGAUUCUGCCGAUCUUUCUGAGGCGGACUUGCGCAUAAUCACUCAAAACGCACCACAGCUUGCCCGUGAUAACACGUCCAACUGGAAUUACGAUAUGCGGCGGAACGCUCAGCCCAUUCUUGAUUUCCUCCACCUAGGCCCUUGGAACAGCGCAAAGGACAGGGCAUACCUGGAGAGAGAGGGCAUAACGAUGCUGCUGGGCGUCCUGGACACUCGCAUGGCCCCGAUCCAGGUCGUAUCCCUACAGAAAGCGGUUCAAGGGCUGGACAUUGCCAUAGAUCACAUCGACGCCACAAACCACCAAGAGCUCAUCAGGCUCUUUCCCGAGUUCGUCCGCAAGGUGAACGACCACAUGCUCAGUGUCUACCGGAAACAGGCCGUCCAAGUGCCUGCCGUGCCUGGUGAGAUGGCCAUCGACCCAGCCAGCUUCAGCCGCGGCAAGGUAUUGGUAUUUUGCGACAGUGGCAACGAACGCUCGGCCCUGAUGGUAGCUGGAUACAUCAUGAACCUCUUUGGCGUGGACGUGGUCAGCGCCGUUCAGUUCGUCAACUGCCAGCGCUUCUGUACCAACUUUGAUGAGGAGUGUAAGCAGUGGCUGCGGGCGUAUCAGGACAUCCUCGAGGCCAGGAGAUCAGUCGCCACAUCGAAAUCUACCGGAACAAGGCCGUCAGGUCUCGCCUCAAACAAGCGAUCCAUCGAUCAAGCAUAUCAUGAGGAAAACGAUACAGGUCGGGAGCAUGACCUGGGGCGCUGGAUGAACCGGGAGGCGUUUGUUCCUUUCAUCGACGGCAGGGAAAAGGAUAUCGAAAUGGCGUCAUAAUUCUCGAUCUGUGGAUUUCCGAUGCUGACGAUGCAACUACGGCACAGCUAUUGGCUGCUUUGAUUCUUUUUUUUCAUCUUUUCAUCGCGUCUGUACAUCUAUCCAGGCUUGAUUCGCUGUGGAUUUAGAGCUUUUGUGCAUGGCAUUGCGUAAUAACUACACCAACUCGUUUAUUGGGCUAAACAAACGAAGCCCCCUGAAGAUGGACAGCACGGCUGGGGACGGUCUUCGCGGUGAUUUUAAAUAAACUUUGUAAGGUGCCUGUGUGAUUUACCAUAGUACGAAUGAAUGUGCUACAGAAACUGGACGUGGGUGUAGUACGUUGGUUGGCAAGCAACGUGUCUCUGUAUCAUCAUGUUUGUAUGCCAACUGGAGAGUGUUAAGGAGACGUUGUUUAUCACCAUAAUGCAUUCCAUGAUUAUGGCCUGACAUGUAGUUCUGGUAAUAUAGUAGAAUAGCCACCAAACCUACCUACCUAGGCACCUGGGUAGGUAUAUGCAAAAGGAAAACAUACGAACGAGCAUAUACGUGAAUACCUCACUUUGGAUUCCAC